UACGCGAACUCGUGGUCUCUAGAACGCCAAGUUUUGAAUUAGUGAUAGUCCGAAAGUGAAAAGGAAACAACUAUGUUGAGUCAUUGCUAGUCGUUCUAAUUAGAACCUACUUUGGUUGGAAUCUUAUGAAUGUGUAAGUUCGCUGUACAGCUGAAUACAUCGGAUCCCUCGCGCACAACACAAGAAAGAAAAACAGAUUUUCAUCCGCUCGAACAGCUCUUACGGACUGAUUAAUUUUUCUGCUAUCGCAACUUCUUCCCAGCCAACAGAGGGGUCCGCGCGGAAUGGAUUACAGACAGCACGAGGUCAUCAGCCGGGCCAAAUCAUUAAGGCAGCGCUUCGCCGACAGUCGUACGGGCACGUCGUCUUCCAUGUCAACGUCGCAGCUGAUAUCUACCACUAGAUGGCAGUCGCAUCACCACCAGCAAUUCAUGCCGGAAGCAUCGGCUCUCGUCGGCGGAAGUGAUGCUGGAGCUUCGUUAAGACCGCAGUCCGCUGACGUGCCCACACCAGCCGGAAGUAAAAGUCCGUCUCCAUCCAGGACGUCAAUUAAAUCGAACGAGAAGCGUCCGUCUUCCGUCUCGUGGAUGAUGACAAAUCCGCGAAGUCAUUGCAGUCGGCCAGGUACACCUACGGCUGGACAUCCAGUCGACAGUUGCGCCAUCUCUUGUGCAGUUGCGUCGGCAGCUUCGCUGGCCGCAGCCACAGCGUCUUCCGGCGCCCAACAAGUCCGCCAAAUGUCGGACGAUUUUCAGGCCGAUCUCGUCGUCGAGCCUUCCUAUCUCUACAACAGCAGUAAAGUGAACUGGAACCGACGUGGUGUCUUGACCAGCUUCAAAUCCAAAUCGUUGGAUUUGUUGGGCACGUCGAGGAUCCUUCCACAUCAUCAACACCAAGAACGGCAUCGGAUGACCGAUGAAAACUUACCUGGACGGGAUGCAGCGGCCGAGCGUCGCCGCCGCCUCUUCCGACGGAAAAAAGCCAAUUCCGCCUCGGGUUCCUACGACGAUUCGCCUUCCGGCUCUCAGCAAUCGCGCAGCAGUUCGGUGGAGAGCAACCAGUCUACCCAGCACGCCAUUCAACGUGGGUUGGAAGCGGCUUUGAAAACAUCGACCCUGUUCGCUUGGAGCUCCGUCGAGGCAUCGUCAGCCAAUCAACAUCUACUCCAGCAGAGUAAUCCGCCUUCUUUCGUCGAACGUAAUCCACAUCGGGACACGAUGGAUCAACGUCUAAGUCCGGGCAAAUCAUUGUCGCCGAUAUUGAGCCGGCCUGAGAACAGUGCGGGUAGUAGUUACCGGAGUACGAGCACCAGCCCCAAUUCGAAUCGGCGGAUGAACGCGACGCCUCCGUCCCCCGCCCGUUCGCUUUCCACCACCAUUUCGGGACUGACUUUGAGCCCUUUGUUGGGAUUGAAUGCCAACAGUUUAAUGGGAGGCCCGAGAGUGACGACGCGACGCUCGUGGUCGCCACAGCAUCAGUCCAGUUUGGAAGUACCGACGCCGCGUCAGACCCAAUCGGCCCGUAAUUCAUUGGCCGCUACCGGCUGCACCGUCCGCAAGCAAAACAGCGUCGAGAGUCCGGCAACGUCAUCUAUUUCACGACUGUCGCGUUUAUGUCGUCGCUCACCUGUGCGGAUGCAGCCGGGAUCAAGCGGCGGAGCGUCGGGCUGCUCGUCGUCUAUUAGCGGCCGAAGUGGCAGUCAAGACUGGAUCUCUUUGCCUUCACGCCAGAUGUCAGACUAUCCUUCGGAUUUCGGAUCGUUUGUCGGCGAGUCGUUCCUCGUCGUCGAUGGCAUCGAAGGAUCCCGCCACCUCCACCAGCAUCACUACCAACACCAUCACGCCGGGCAAGCGUCCUUACUAUUACAGCCUCAUUUGCGAGCGGAGAGUGUCUCACCGGAGCCGGCCUCUUUGAGGCUAAUCGAGCCAACGAGUAGCGGACUCGCCUACCUGGAGAGAGUAUUGGAGGAUCAACUGAAAUCCGGGCCCGAGAUGACGAGGAUCGAGCAUUUGAGCGAUCUACACUACCCGGACGCGGAUCCUCCCUGUCAUUUUUGCAGCAACCAGUCCAGCCUGUCCAUACACGACAGCAACCGGCUCAAAAUAGUCUCCGGAGGAAGAGUGCGCGGACGAGAUGGCAGCCGAGAGUCCAUCAACCCACCCUACAUCAAUUUACCAUCGCCCAACGUCCAAGACGAUGAACACGAACUGUUUCCUGGACAAUCGCUUUCAGGCAGCUGCCAUCACCAGCCGCCGGACGGCAGUGGCAGCAUCGCCGGAAGUAUCGGGAGCGGCGGCUGCCGGCGUUCGACGACGACGACAGCUGUUGAUGAAGAACAACCCGAACCGCCCGCUUCGGUUCUGACCCGUCGACGGGCCCUCGUCCCGCCGAAAAUCCCACCUUACAACAUGGACAGCAGCGAGGACACGGAGCAGAGCGUCGACAAAGAAACAUCCACCAGUUGCGCGGAAAACGACGGCAAUUGCGGCGGGAGCGCGGGCGGAGGCUCGUGCGGCUCGGGCGGUUCCGGCAAUUCCCGCGCCCAGAGACGCAGCUCCAUCGUCGUCAUUCCGCCGAUGCAGAUCUGCCCGGGCGAUCUGCUCGUCUACAGCAAAGUCCUCACGCAGCGAAACAGCGUCCUGGAUUGGGAUGGAUCGACUCAGAGCCUAGCCGGAGAUACCGAUGCUGCUUCCAAUGCCGCCCGCAAACAGAAAAACAGCUGGUCCUUGCUCAAAUUGUUCGACAGGUCAGGCCGCACUAAAUCCGAGAGCCUCUCCGGCCUUGAAGAGGUAUUGACUUGUCUGCAGCCGUCCAAUUUUUUGGACGACCAGCUGUCCCGCUACAGAGGCCUCUGCUGGACGGACUUCCUCACCACUGUCCAGCAGCAGAAAACGUUCAAUAAAGCCACGAAAUCGACGCUGACUUCGACAACCGAAGAGGCGGCCACAUCGCCAGUCGCCGGAAGGACACCAAUCAUCCAGUUUCCGGGCACCACGUCAACGACCCAACCCACGCGUAAUGUGUUAGUACGCCAGGCUACUCAUCAAGAUUAUUCGUCCCGAAUCAAGGAAUGGACGCAAGAGAAGCGGGCGAGGUUCGGAUUAGUGCGGACGAUGAGCGAGCGCUGCCUCGAUCGCAGAUCGGUCAUCCAGGAGGUUCUUCCUGUCGAAGAGAUUACGCAAACGGCCGAAGAAAAGGACAUGGCGACGGCCAAUGUCAGCGAAAUUACCUUCUCUUUCGAACAGCCACCGCCUUGUCCGCCCACCUCCGGCCAGAAAUGCGAGCUCAGGGGCAGAGAGGCACUUUGGGAUCUCUUCCAGAGCGAGUGCGCUUUCCUCUACGACCACCUUAUGGUCCUCAAAAACGUCUACAUGGACCCGCUCAAAAAGAUCCAGGUGGAAGGAUACGCCAUGUUUGCCGAACCCGAAUUGCUUUUCGGCAACCUGGAUGAAUUGUGCUGUGUGACGUACAGUUUCUGUAAAGAAUUCAUCAGCUUGUUACUUCAUCAUGCGCAACCAGGCGGCGGUGACACGAAAACGACGCACAUCCUCACCAAACUAUUCCAAAAGAGUUCCAAAGCUCAUGUUCUGUCGCAAGCCUAUCAUCGAUACGCACUCAAUUAUAUAAACGCCUUGAAUUAUCUGGAAACUCUUCGGAGGCACAUGGAGUUCUGCGAAUUUGAAAAGUGGUGUAACAGAGAUCCGAGGUGCAAGAAACUUCAGCUAACGGAUCUGCUGGUGGCGCCCGUUCAGCACAUCAUGAAAGUGCCGUUGCUGCUGCGCGAGAUCGAAUCGAGGACGGAAGACGCCCAGGAGAAAGAAGCCGUUCUGAAGAUCCUGGAUAAGGAGGAAGCCAGUUUGCGAGAGCUGGACGACAAGAUGAAGUGGCUCAAGAAUUUCGAACGAUUGCUAGAGAUCCAGCGCAGUCUGGUGUGGCCCAGCGUGCUGGACAUGGAGCCCAAAGUCGUCGUCCCCGAAUUCCUCAAGACGCCAUUAGCCAAACAGCCUUGCGAAAGGCUGAUCGUCUCUCCGCGUCGCCAAAUCGUGCUGGAAGGUCCGUUGAGCCUGCUGGACACGGGACGGCCGACCGACAUGCACGUCAUCCUCUUUGACGAUAUGCUGCUCAUUACGCGCAAAAAGAAAGGGCUCGGCAAAAAGAAAUCAUCGUUGAGUGAGAACUGGACAGCUCCUUGCAGUAGUCGCAGUUGCCUGCCCUCAGACCCGUCGGGCUGUUGGCGCUACAUCGUUUAUAAACAGCCCUUAUCACUGGAUCGCUUCUUCCUACACGAGAUCAACGUCCACGAAGCAGCAGCGGCCAAGCUGGACAACGGCUUCGUCAUUAUCAGUCUCAAUCGCUUCCAGCAAAUCAUUGGCGUCCAUACGUUCCAGGCGAGCUCCGAUCAGGUCAAGCAUACGUGGCUAUUGAAAAUCCGAGAAACUCAGGACCACUGGAAGCGGACGCUUCAGACGACCGUUUUCCGAGCUCAAAGAAGGACGCUGUCACAGUCUCCGUCAACUAUUCCACAGCAUGCAGUGUCACCGAACGCAGCUCCAUCCAAAUUUUGAAAAGACUACCGUGUACUCUUUCUUCUUCUUCUUCUCAUCGUUCUCCUCCAAUUUGUCGGAAACUGUCACCCACCAAAGGUUUACUCUUCCAUCUCCACUCAAUGGAACCAACACCAUUAUAUUAUAGAAAUAUACAUAUUCCUACACUCUGAUGUGAUCCUAAUGGAGAAUGACAAAAAAUCAGUGACAUGCUGCUCUUAGUUGUCCAAUCAUCAAUGUUUGUCUGUUUUUCUCUCUUCGUUCUAUGAUUUAUUCAAAAAAGGGAAAAAAAAUUAAAGACAGCUUUUUAAUUUGUUUUUUAAAUCUAUUGUUACCCAUUUACCUGCCCUCUUGUUAAAAUAAAGAACUAUUGAAAUGUGUCAUCCAUUCACAUUGAUCAGAUUCCUACAACUUAAGCUGACCGUGUCAUACCCUCCAUUUCAUUAUGAUAUGAUUUCUAUUUCUUGUUUGAUUUCAUCUCUUCAUCUUAAUUUAUUUUAAUGUUUAUAAAUAUAAAUAUAUGACAAAGAUAUUCUGUUCAACUAUUAUACCAGUUUACCUUGCACAAAUACAUACUUUUUAUCCAGCCAA